AUGAUAAAUAUUGGGUCAGCUGCGUUUAAAUAUCACUGACAAAACAAGUGACCGUGAUUUGUUAUCGACACGAUGAUAAAAUUUUCUAUGAAAAUCGAUAAAUGCUACGCGCGUAUUUUGCAGCACUAACACAGUUUUAUCGUUAUCGGCCAUUCUGCGUGCAGAGUUGCUUGUAGGACCGGCUUUGUGUAAAAUAGUGUGUGCGGAGUAUAGCGUCGUCCAAAAAGAGUGAAAAAACGGCUUAAAAAUGACUAUUGGGAAGAAUAACAAAAUGAUUCAGCACCUGAAUUACAGGGUGCGAAUCGUAUUACAAGAUUCUCGUACAUUCAUUGGAACGUUUAAGGCGUUCGACAAGCACAUGAACCUUAUACUCGGCGACUGCGAAGAAUUUCGCAAAAUACGUUCUAAAAACUCCAAAGUGCCAGAACGCGAGGAGAAGCGUGUUUUGGGGUUUGUUCUGCUGCGGGGUGAAAACAUAGUUUCGUUAACUGUGGAAGGUCCGCCACCACCGGAGGAGGGUCUGCCCCGUGUGCCAUUACCAGGAGCAGCACCUGGCCCGGGUAUUGGGCGCGUCGCUGGACGUGGUGUUCCAAUGAAUAUAUCUGCGGUGCCUGCCGGCUUACAAGGCCCUGUAAGAGGUGUUGGUGGUCCAGCACAACAGCAUAUGGCGCCAAUGGGUCGUGGAGUACCGAGAGCACCCAUGAUGGGUGCACCUCCACCAGGCAUGAUCCCUACAAUGCCGGGUGGCAUAGGGCGUGGCGCACCGCCACCGAUGAGAGGACCACCGCCCCCAAGUAUGAUGCGCGCACCUCCUCCAGGUCGUGGUGGUUAUUAAAGCAACAAUUAAGAUUUUGUAGUAAAUAAAAGAAAUAUUUCCAUAGAAAUUCAA